AUGAAAGCUGCCACAUCAUCAGCUUCAUCUCGUGGUAAGAGGUCGCCGGAUGCUCUUCGGGAGCAGAGGCCCCGAAAGAGAGAGAAAUAUGCCAAGAUGGCCUGCUCCCUGUGCAAGAUUCGCAAGGUCAAAUGCAGUGGCAGCCAGCCGUGCAACCGCUGUGAGGAGCUUCAUAGCCAAUGCACAUUCAACGAGCCGUUUCAGCCUGAUGCUGCCGACAGCAUUGAUCCACAGCAAGCGAAUCGAGAUCCUGAAGUCACGGUUCAGCGAAUGAACAGAAUCUGUGACCAAAUGCAACAAUCCAUCGGCCGCUUUUGUAUGGCUCCUCCGCGUCGGGCGUCCUGUCUGCAACGAAAACAAGAGAACGACGAGUUACCUCAGCCAAAUAAACCUCUCACCCCUACUGAUCCUGGACACACCCUGAGCCUCACACAGGAUGCUAUGAGAGAAAGGGGCCUACUAUCUCCUCCGCACUCGGAAGAUGGGCCUCAUUUAGUCGCCCAAGACGAGUUGAAAUUCCCAGAUGCUUUGAUCAAUACACUGCAAGCUGCACGGCCUUUGCUGGAACUCGGUCACGCCAAGGUCACUCAGCUAUUCACCACAUUUCGAGAUGAGGUCUAUCCUUUCUAUCCUUGCGUCAGCUUAGACUUGGGUCGUGAAGCUGUGAACGCUGUCUUUUCACUGUUCAAGGGUACUUCCCACGGUCCUAUUAUCAACGUCGAUAUGAUCGACGUAGAGAUCACAAAGGCUGUUGUGGGAAUAGCCUUGUUGCUCAGAGACGACACGCAAAGCUCUCUAGUCUCCGAUCUCGAAGGUCAGCUAAUAUGGAGUGUUGAGACUUGUUUAGAUCAGGAGAAGUCCCAAAUUGAGGACAUCGUCAUGGCAACAUUGCUGUCAAUCUACCUAGGCCUCAAACAAAGACCAAUUAAAGCAUGGCGAAUAGCUGGAAUGGCUGCCAAAUUGUGUCUCGAGCUCGGCCUCCAUCGAUCAAGGUUCUUCGAAGAUUCUCAAGUACUCCCACGGCGUAUGGCUGACUGGAAGCGUCUAUUUGCUUGUGUCUAUCGCCUGGACAGGCAAUGGAGUUUCCAUACCGGCCUACCGUGGACACUACAUGGCAGAGAAAUUAACGUGUCUGCAAUCACAAUAGAACCGCUAGAGUCCUAUAUAUCAACCAUGAUUUCCCUAGACAAAAAUCUUUCCGAGACCUGGACUGCCGUCAACGCCACAUCAUCUCAAACCAAAAGCAGCGAGGAACGGGUCGAAUUCCUCAACUUUCAACUACAAAAGCUCGUCGACAAGAUACCGCCAGGGGACUUCAAGAACCUAGAGGCGGAAGUAGCUCCCCCACCCUGGCUACAAGCUGGACUGAAACGAUUCUGCCAUCUCCGCGUGCACCACAUUAAAAUUCUCACGCAAAUAAGCGCAAGCGGCUCAAUCAAGGAUCUCAUGUCAAACCGAAUCUCGACAAAUACUCUCGUCACUGCAGCCGCAAAAUCAGUCGACCUGCACUUAGAAAUGGUCACUGCGGGCGAAAUAAGUCCACUCGUGUUACCCACGAUGAUCAAAUUGCUUCUCGCCUCUCUAUCCCUCAUGAUGUUUGCCGUUUCACACCGUCCUGAGGAGUACAGUUCACUUUGUAGCAAGCCCUUCCAAAUAGCCAUCCAAAUCCUCAGCGACGCGCAAAGCUACGUCAAUGACCCGAAUCUGAAUAUUUGGGGUACUUUGCAUAUCUUGGAGAAGGUCGUUGAGGCGAGUCAGAGAUCACGGUCCCAGGGUUCGGAGCCCUUAAUUAGUCGCAAAGAAGAGAUCGGCAGCCGCGUUGAUCGGGGUGGGGCCUUUGAUGAAGGGAACGUCUUUGGGGAGCUAGCUACGCCAGACUCGGAAUUCUUCUCUAUAUUGGGAAGUAUGGCAGCGACGGACAUAUUGCAUAUGGAUGAUAUCUUUGGCUAA